AAUCAGGAGCAAGGAGAGGGCAUGAAAGCGGAGCGAUCGCUCUCGGCUUUAUUAUGCUCAAUUUGACCACUAAUUGCCAGUCUAACCGCUCGGACCCAUGGUGAAGAGAAAGAAGACAUCGUCUACUACAGAGGAGCACCAAAAUGGCAUGACACCGGGCUCCAGGGAGGGGAUCGGUGUCGAUGGGAGGAGGAAUCCGUCCAGAAAGCCCGACGGUUGCGACGAAGAGGAGAACGGAGAGCAGGCGAGCGAGGAGCGCAGUACAAAGGGAGAGGACGGAGUGGAAAUUCUUAAUCCAUCAACCACGGGUCUCGGCUCCGGUUCAGCCCCGGUCCUUCCUGCUUCUGCUCCGAACCGAACCGGACCAGGCUCGACCCAGCUUCCCCAGACAUCAGCUGAGCCCGGCCCUCCGGGCCCCGACCAGCAUCAUUUUCUCCGAUCAAGCGUUCGACCUCCGAGCAAACGGAUACGGAAGGAUUCAAUCGGCUCCUCCAUCAAUGGACAUGGCGGGGCAAAAUCGAAAGGGGCAGAGAAUGGCUCCUCUUCCCAGGGUGUGGUGGGACAGACCGGGCCUGUGGUCAGCUCCACGGGGGGAGUAUCCAAGACCUCCAAGGGCCAAGGGUCUACAGAGAAGGAAGAACAAGCUGGUAACCAGAAAAGAGCCCGUCGGCAGUGGGAAUCCUGGAGCGCUGAGGACAAAAACAGCUUUUUUGAGGGUCUUUAUGAGCACGGGAAGGAUUUUGAGGCCAUCCAGAACAACAUUGCAAUGAAGUACAAGAAGAGAGGCAAGCCAGCAAAUAUGGUGAAGAACAAGGAACAGGUCCGCCACUUUUACUACCGAACUUGGCACAAGAUCUCCAAACACAUCGACUUCGCUAACGUGUACUCCAGGGUGUUAAAGAAAUCUUCUCAAGAACUGUACGGCCUCAUCUGCUACGCCGAGCUUCGCAAAAAAGUUGGAGGAUUGAUGGAUGAUAAGAAUGUGGCAAAGCUGAACGAACUCAUCCAGCAAGGGGCCACCACCGUGCGCUCUAAGGGGAGGAACCUGCGGAUCAAAGCUCCAAUGUGCCGAGCGUUGAAGAAACUUUGUGAUCCAGAUGGAGUGAGUGAUGAAGAGGACCAGAAGCCGGUGCGUCUGCCCUUGAAGGUGGCAGUGGAGCUCCAGCCACGCAGUAACCAUUCCUGGGCCCGAGUUCAGAGUCUUGCCCACAACCCUCGCCUCAGGAUGGUGGUGGAGCUCCACAGGAAAGUUUCCAGCCUCAUAGAGUAUCUGAAACAGAAGUGGGCUUAUCAUGACCAGCGGAUUCUUAAGAGUCUCAUGGAGAGAGAGGCUCUAGAAGGCAACCAGACCAGCACAGCCUCUCCCAGCAUAACUCAGAAGGAAGAACUUUUUCUUUUUCCAGCUGAGAGCUGCACAUUGACUACACUGCCUGGGGUGGCACGUGUGGUUCACUCCAAAGCCUCCUGCACUGUCCAUUGGAUCGAGAGUGGCAAGAGCCGACCUAAUGCCAAGGAGUUGCCAGCUGCCCAGAUCCUGGGCAUCCAUGCAGCUCCACAACCUCGAACUGGCAGCAAAUCUGGGCGGGGAAGCGCUGCUGUUGCUGGUGCUUCACUGACUAUAACGGGUGAUGCUCGUCGAACUGAAACCCCCAACCCUGAUCCAUCAGCAGACAGUUCUGCAAAGGUAGAGGAGAAGAGACUUCAGUCCCCUUGUGUCCCAGUUUCCUCUCAGCAGACUGUCAGAGAAGAGGGAGAUGGGAUGGGAUCUUCUGAUCCAGGAAAGGCCUGCACUGGCGUUGAGGUCAGUGGUGGUUUAGCCAUGACCAGAAGCACGGACAGGUCAUGUAGUGGUGCCGAUGGCUCUGCUGAGCAGUACAAAGAGGAGCAGAGCACCAGCGCGUCUUCCUCGGAGGCAAAUCAGCCUCCUUCAGUCAAACCUUCAGUGACUGGCUCAGACGAAGCCGUGUCGCAAGCUUCCCCACCAGCGACCAAAGAACGGGUCGUUGAGCAGAUCAGAGAGGAAGGCUGGAGCGCCCGUGACGCAGAGAACGUCACCCUGGCCGAGCUGUACCUGAUGUUUGGGAAGCCAGGCAAGCUGCAGCUGGAGUACGAGUGGCAGCCGGUCACAGCUCCACCCAGCAACUCAGAAGAGGGACAAGCCUCAGUGCAGCCAAAGCCCGACAGGACAAAUCGAGUUUUGCGCUGUUUACUCAAGCUGGUUUCCACUGAAGUCAACCCCAAACCUCUGGCUCCAGAGCUGUGCUCCACAGCCACAUCACCCCUCAAGACCUAUCAGGAGGAGCAAAACCAGGUCCUCACACCUCCGGCGAAGGGUCCUGUUGCAGGCGCCCGUAGCCCCAGCUGUGGGCGGCCGCAGGCGUCUUUGCGCAUGCCCAAGUUACAGCUGCCAAGUGCUGGAGGUGGGCGCAACCUUCCCCGCUCUCUGCUGGGUUCUACUGCAGUUGGCGAAUCAGAAAGCAGCGUGUUCGCAGUACCCACCACGCUGCCACCCAACAGCUCACGGCACAACCGAAUGUUCUCCCCUAACAAAGAGGCAGAGCUAGCCUUCAGACAGCAGCUCGACUCGAUCAGUAUGCAGUCAGAUCUUUUCCUUUCUAGACAGCGAAAACCUCGGAACAGACAACUUCGCAAACCACUUGUAGUUCAGCGAACACUGCUGCCCAGAACUACAGGAGACACUCCUCAACACGUCUGCUCCUUCUCCAUCCUCUCCAACUCCUCUGCCACAGGAACGGGAUCUUUCCGGCCGAUCCAUCCCCGACUAGCUCCUUCCUCUCGCUCUGUCCAAACUAAAACAACCCCAGCAACAUCCAGCUCUGCGGGGGCCAGCCAGCUCUCUAGUGCCAUUGACCUGGCAGCUAAGUCUGCAGGCAUCAUCCCAGGCAGUCCCUGUCGGGAGGUGGAUUCUUCCACUGUGGAUAACAGCGCUCUUCUCGCCACCACUCCCAUUGCUGAUGCUGAGCCAGACUCUCAACUCCACCAGCAAAAUGUUCCAGAGAAUGGCGUACCACCUCCGUCUCCUGGAGUCACCGGCGGGGGAGACUCACUCCUCUCUCCCCCGAGCGUUGCCUCGCUCCUUGAUAUCUCACUCCCAGGCCCUCCUGAAGAGGCUCUAACCCCCGGAGAACCUCAAACGCAGAUCAGCGACUCCAUCAUCGAGCUUGCCAUCAACUCCACACAUUACGGUGAGGAGGCUGCUCUCUCUCCAGCCAAGCUGGGCAACAGCGACGGCUCCAAACUGCUGGCCUCGUCUCCCUCGCUCAGCCCAUCCAGAGGCUGGAUCCCUUCACCCAGCCACGACCCUCAGUGGUACCCCAGCGACUCGUCUGACUCCACACUGGGAUGCCUCCUUUCCAGCAUGGUCUCUCCUGAUAAGGGCAGACGGACCACCCUAACCCCCACUGGCCCCUCCAGUGGCACAGCUCUACUCGGUCCUAGCCUCCUGGACUGCAAUUCUCAUGAUUCCUUUCAAUCCCGUGGCCUUCCUGAUGUGGCAGAGAUGGAUUCUCAGCUUGCUUGUAUGAUGAGUGAGAGCAGCAUAGACUACAUCGCUCGCUUCAAUGAUCUGGCUCAGGAGCUCGCCGUAACUGAGCCCUCCAUUCCACCUCCCUGAGGAAGACUCCACCAAGCCAUGGUCAUCUGUACCUCUAAUCUACAGCCAGUUCCAGGCAUUUCCACAGUUCCAGGAGAGAGAGACACAAACUUCUGGGCCCACACUUGGAAGCAGUGACUACUGCUAGAAAUUCAAAACCGAUUUGCAGCCAGCAGCUGCAAAUUACCCCGACUUUUACCACGUCUGGUUCUCACACCUGUCGAUAAGCAGGCCGGUCCUAAAAAGAGACCAAGGCAGAACUUUGUUCACCUAGAGCAUCAUGUUGUUGGUGACAAGAGGUACUGUAAGUGAGGAGAGGAGAGGUUUCCUCUCUGUCUUCUCCCUGUUUGGAGAAAGAAGACUGGGGAGAAAGGCCAACCCCAUCCCCCUUCAAAGCCAUCCAUGGCCUGUUUGUAAAAGUGCAAUAAUAGGUGGUCAACUGUGACCAUUGUUCAAAAGCGAGUUGCGUUGGUUUCACUGAACUGUUCUCUAAGGAACAAUUCCCUUUAAAUACAAACACUUUAGAUAAAACAAAUGAGUUUACAAAGAUACAACCUCAUGUACAGGAAAAUACUAUGCCAUAUCCGAACAAAAUAUCUGCAACGACCUUUCAUGUCUCUUCCUGCUCUCGGUGUGUGAGUGCAUGAAUGUAUCUGUGUGUGCGUGUGUAUUAAAGGCUGUAAGGCUGACCGCUCAAAAUGUGCAGUUCAGAUCAUCAGCUGGUGGCAAACAGCCACUGGACUGUGAUUUUUAUUAAAAGUAAUGUCGGUGAGAAAGAGAUACUUGGCAUAGUUCAGUAGCAAAAGUGGAACAAAACAAAGUGAUGUGUAGAAGUUCAUUUUUCCUGUUGGCCUCCUUUUUUCUUUUUUUUGUUCCUCAUCUCUUAUGAGUUCAGGUGUUACAGAUUGUGUCGUAGUCACGCGUGUUUGGAAUCGGGUUCUUCAUUUCUCAAACCCACAUUUUAAAAAAACAAAAAAACAAAACAAAAAAACAAAUACAAAUAAAAAAUGGCAGCUUGUUGGUUGACUCCACUUGGGUAGCUCCACAGAUGCUGAAAAU